UGUUUCGCUUGCCUCUUAAUUCUCACCUUUGAGGUUGAUCAUUCUUUUUCUCAUUUCAUCUGCUCAUCGUCUAAAAGAACGAGUGUCAACUUUUUUACUCGCACUUCAAGGACACUCUUGCUCUGUUAUUUUUUCUACUCCCUACUGCAUCAUCGUUUCACGCCAACCAUGGCGACCUCAUUCGUUCAGUUGUUCACGGCCUUGUACGAAUGGACCAAGGAGUGUCCAACAGACCUCAAGAAAGAUCUCGAUGAGUUCUUUAUGUCGAAAGAGUUUCUCGACCGGCCCGAGGUCUUUUACAAGGGCUUUGAGGACUCUAGCGAAAAGUGGGUGGCACUCAUCACGAUGAAGGGCGUUGAAGAUACGCACGCAAUGUUGCUCAAUCAUUUCCAGUAUGAUUUUAUGAAGCUGCACGAGGCGCGGGGAACGUUCUCCCAGGUGUCGCCGGCACCUCAGAUGCCGAAUGCCGCAGCAUACAACAAGUUCGUCAAGGAUCUCUCCAAGGCCAAUAGGAUCCUCAGGGCCAAGAAGACGGUCCGAGGAUGGGCUCGGGAACUGGACCGGGCGACUGAGAUGGUCAUGAUCGCGCCAGGUGUCGUCGAAUCGACGGACGCGUCAAACCCUACCUCGUAUACACCAUUGCCGUCACUCCUCUCGACUUCAGAAAAAUCUGCAGCCUCGUUUGGAAUGUGGUUUAUCUCUGUCGAUAUUGAAUCUUAUGAACGCGAACACUCCAGAAUCCUUGAAAUUGGUUGGUCUAUUUGGGAGUCGCGUGUGAACAAGUUCGUGGAUAAGCACUAUGCCAUCGCGGAUUAUCGACAUCUCAGGAACGGGAAGUAUGUGGCGGAUCGAAGGGAUCGAUUCAUGUUUGGCGAGACCGUCUGGGCGAGUCUGCGGGAUUCGAUCACAGCCUUUCAGGAGGACCUUCAGGCGGCCGCUAGUCGGAACGCGGAGGGUAUCUUUGCGUUGAUUGCCCAUGAUAUGUCGAGCGAUGAAGGGUAUCUGAAGAAGAUGGGUGUGGUGUUCCCGAAGGGCAUGAUCAAAUUUGACACGUUGGAAUUGAACGGCGCCAGAGCUGGGGAUAGCAAUAAGACGGGACUGGGCAAGUUGUUGGAUGAGCUCAAUAUCGAUAACUAUUGUCUUCACAAUGCAGGAAAUGAUGCUCAUUACACCUUGGAGCUCUUCAUGUAUCUCGUUCGCAACAAUGCCAAGGUUAAGGCUGAGGCGACAUUGUUAUAAUCUAUUGUUGGUCAGCCAUGAGCAACUGUAUUGUAUUAUAUUGCACAUUAUUCUUUUUUUCAGGCUUAAGCGCAUAUCCCCAAUGCUAUACGAUGGAGUCCAUUCCUCGUCCUCUCCGUCGGAUUAAAAGUUUUCUAUAUCACAAAAUGAAGAAAGCGUGGUUUUUUUUAUGGUCAGCAUGACUUGCCUAGCAAACACAACAAUCCAUAAUAAAAUACGCUCCAUCGAUCAAUC